AUGUCUACGCCCGGCAGAAACCUCCGGUUCGGGGCUUCACCUCGAAGUCAAGAUUCAGGACUUGGUUCGUCGACCGAACAGGCUCAUGUAGGGGGAAGAUCUGAUCGGUUGUUCACAGCUCAAGACUUCGACCAUCAACGGUUCAGUGUCCACGCCUUGCAAGAAGCUUUGGGUGCUUCCAAUGAGACCGUCGACAAGUACAAAAAGAAAUCUGCAGAGUUGGACAAAGAUUUGUCCACAGCCAGGAGAACUGUUCGUGAACAGGAGGCAACAAUACGAGGCCUCGUGACAGAGAAUAGCACUUUGAAGGACGACAAAGUCUUGUUGCAACAUCAACUCACAGAGCUGAGGAAUGAUUACGAUGAUCUGUCGCAAGAAAACUUCGAUCUGCGUCAACAGUCAUUGGGACCGGCCGAUUCUGACUACAUGAUGACAAGCGGAUCAGGAGAGUCUCUAAAUAACCUGGAGAGAUCUAGGAGCAAGAGGCACCACAGCAAGCACGGGAACAAAAACAUGACAGAUCGUUUGAAGGAGCGAAUCAACAAAGGCAACCCUGAAUCCGAAGCAUCUUCUUCGAAGUCCCGCAAGGAUCCUGAGAAGAAGAAAGAACAUCGUCGCAGUGAAAGCAAGACUCGCAGGUCCUACGAGGAGCCACCUGCAGACCGUCAGCUGAGAGACAAGACGAGGCCACCAGUAACCACAAGGGCUUAUGAAGGCAAUUACACCACAACCUCUGGAAUUGGGUCUCCUAUAUCGUCGCGACUGAGUUCAUCGAUCAUGGCACCCAGAUCAAGCCAAGCAACUACUUCUAUUUAUAAGCCCACUCAAACUACAGGUGACUACUUCCCUCAGCCUUUGUCGCCAGAAAAGCACCACAGCGAGCGUGGCAGACGUCACCACUAA